CUCCACCCAGACCGCCGCCACCCAGCCCAAAGCCCCCUAAACCGUCUCCACCUAGCCCAUUGCCGCCAAGCCCGGAGCCACCAACGCCUUCACCGCCAAGCCCCGAGCCUCCAACGCCUUCGCCGCCAAGCCCUUGGCCGCCGGAGCUACCCCCUCCGGGGCUACCGCCGCCGGUACCACCAAGCCCUCCUCCUACGCCACCAUUAAGCCCGGGGAUCACCCUACCGCCUGCUGCGCCAAACUUUCCCUCACCGCCGACCCCUAGAGCCCCACGCCUCCCUCCAAGGCCGCCUCAACCACCGCGUCCUCCGCCUCCACCAGCCAAACCGUCACCGCCGGAUAUGCCCUAUGCACCUGCUUUCCCGGCGCCUAUUGCGCCCACUGCACCAGGCUUUCCUGACUAUCCGUCAUUUCCGCCUCCGUCACCACCGCCGCCAGUCCGUCAUCCUCCAUCGCCACAGCCCCCGUCCCCACGCCCACCGCCGCCUUUGCCUCCCUCCCCACGGCCGCCUCCGCCUACACCGAAUCCACCUCCUACUCCACCGCAUCCUCCAUCGCCCCCACCGCCGCCACGGCCGCCGCGUCCGCCAGCGCCACCCAGACCUGUAACACCUCCGUCACCCAGCCUACCGGCACCUCCACCAUCACCAUCCCCUCAUCCAAGCCCGCCAUCAACACCACAGCCGCCCAGUCUUUCUCCUCCCUCUCCGCUGCCGCCUAGCCCCCUAACACCUUCCCCACAGCCUCCUUCCCCAGCACCGCCCUCUCCAGCACCGCCCUCUCCAGAGCCUCCUUCCCCUGCACCGCCUUCCCCACAGCCUCCUUCCCCUGCACCGCCCUCACCACAGCCUCCUUCACCAGCACCGCCCUCUCCAGAGCCGCCUUUCCCAGCACCGCCAUCUCCAGAGCCGCCUUCCCCUGCACCGCCUUCCCCUGCACCGCCCUCUCCAGAGCCGCCUUUCCCAGCACCGCCCUCUCCAGAGCCGCCUUCCCCUGCACCGCCUUCCCCUGCACCGCCCUCUCCAGAGCCGCCUUUCCCAGCACCGCCAUCUCCAGAGCCGCCUUCCCCUGCACCGCCUUCCCCAGAGCCGCCUUCCCCUGCACCGCCUUCCCCAGAGCCGCCUUCCCCUGCACCGCCUUCCCCAGAGCCGCCUUCCCCUGCACCGCCUUCCCCAGAGCCGCCUUCUCCAACACCAACUUUGCCAGAGCCCCCCUCCCCACAACCUCCGUCUCCGACCCUCCCACGAAACCCGGAACCGCCAUCGCCUCAGCCGCCCAGCCCGCAGCCUCCGACGCCUUCGCCUCCUCCCCAGCCGCCGUCUCCUCAGCCUCCAAGCCCGCCUCCGCCUCCUCCAUACCCGCCAAGCCCCCAACCGCCAUCGCCAACACCAUCUAGCCAUCCGCUUCCAUCCCCUUCGCCUCCUUCUCCCCAGCCGCCGAAACCCUCGAUUCCUGCCUACCCUCCAUCUCCUGCACCGCCAUCACCUGACGCAGGGCAUCCUGUGCAGCCGCCACCCAUUCCCCCCUCGGCACCUCCGCAGCAUCCGGCAUCUCCCGGGCCCUCGCCUCAGCCGCCCAGCCGUUCUCCAAGCCCGCAGCUUCCGCCGCAGCCAACAAGCCCCGCUUCGCCGCCUCCAGCAUACCCAUCAUCACCCUCGCCCCAACCACCUAGCCCCGCUUCGCCGCCUCCUUCAUAUUCGCCCACUCUGGAGCCGCCGUCACCGGUACCUCCCAGCCCAAUGCCAACCUCGCCUGCUGCUCCAUCAUACCCGUCAUUCCCCCACCAGCCAUUGCCUUCGCCGCCAAGCCCGCAGCUGCCGUCGCAGCCUCCAAGCCACGCUUCGCCUCCUCCAGCAUACCCAUCCAGCCCUCUAUCGCCCUCGCCCCAACCACCUAGCCCCGCUUCGCCGCCUCCUUCAUAUCCGCCCACUCUGGAGCCGCCUUCACCGGUACCUCCAAGCCCAAUGCCAACCUCGCCUGCUGCUCCAUCAUACCCGUCAUUCCCCCACCAGCCAUCGCCUUCGCCGCCAAGCCCGCAGCUGCCGACGCAGCCUCCAAGCCCCGCUUCGCCGCCUCUUUCAUAUCCGCCCACUCUGGAGCCGCCUUCGCCGGUACCUCCCAGCCCAAUGCCACCCUCGCCUACCGGUCCAUCAUACCCGUCAUUCCCCCACCAGCCAUCGCCUUCGCCGCCAAGCCCGCAGCUGCCGCCGCAGCCUCCAAGCCCCGCUUCGCCGCCUCCAGCAUACCCACCAUCGCCCUCGCCCCAACCACCUAGCCCCGCUUCGCCGCCUCCUUCAUAUCCGGCCACUCUGGAGCCGCCUUCACCGGUACCACCCAGCCCAAUGCCAACCUCGCCUGCUGCUCCAUCAUACCCGUCAUUCCCCCACCAGCCGUCGCCUUCGCCGCCAAGCCCGCAGCUGCCGCCGCAGCCUCCAAGCCCCGCUUCGCCGCCUCCAGCAUACCCACCAUCGCCCUCGCCCCAACCACCUAGCCCCGCUUCGCCGCCUCCUUCAUAUCCGCCCACUCUGGAGCCGCCUUCACCGGUACCACCCAGCCCAAUGCCAACCUCGCCUGCUGCUCCAUCAUACCCGUCAUUCCCCCACGAGCCAUCGCCCUCGCCGCCAAGCCCGCAGCUGCCGUCGCAGCCUCCAAGCCCCGCUUCGCCGCCUCCAGCAUACCCAUCCAGCCCUCAAUCGCCCUCGCCCCAACCACCUAGCCCCGCUUCGCCGCCUCCUUCAUAUUCGCCCACUCUGGAGCCGCCUUCACCGGUACCUCCAAGCCCAAUGCCACCCUCGCCGGCUGCUCCAUACCCGUCAUUCCCCCACCAGCCAUCGCCUUCGCCGCCAAGCCCGCAGCUGCCGUCGCAGCCUCCAAGCCCCGCUUCGCCGCCUCCAGCAUACCCAUCCAGCCCUCUAUCGCCCUCGCCCCAACCACCUAGCCCCGCUUCGCCGCCUCCUUCAUAUCCGCCCAGUCUGGAGCCGCCUUCACCGGUACCUCCAAGCCCAAUGCCACCCUCGCCUGCUGCUCCAUCAUACCCGUCAUUCCCCCAGCAGCCAUCGCCUUUUCCGCCAAGCCCGCAGCCGCCGACGCAGCCUCCAAGCCCCGCUUCGCCGCCUCCAGCAUACCCAUCCAGCCCUCAAUCGCCCUCGCCCCAACCACCUAGCCCCGCUUCGCCGCCUCCUUCAUAUCCGCCCACUCUGGAGCCGCCUUCACCGGUACCUCCAAGCCCAAUGCCAACCUCGCCUGCUGCUCCAUCAUACCCGUCAUUCCCCCACCAGCCAUCGCCUUUGCCGCCAAGCUCGCAGCUGCCGUCGCAGCCUCCAAGCCCCGCUUCGCCGCCUCCAGCAUACCCAUCCAGCCCUCUAUCGCCCUCGCCCCAACCACCUAGCCACGCUUCGCCGCCUCCUUCAUAUCCGCCCACUCUGGAGCCCCAUUCACCGGUACCUCCCAGCCCAAUGCCACCCUCGCCUGCUGCUCCAUCAUACCCGUCAUUCCCCCACCAGCCAUCGCCUUCGCCGCCAAGCCCGCAGCUGCCGACGCAGCCUCCAAGCCCCGCUUCGCCGCCUCCAGCAUACCCACCAUCGGCCUCGCCCCAACCACCUAGCCCCGCUUCGCCGCCUCCUUUAUAUCCGCCCACUCUGGAGCCGCCUUCACCGGUACCUCCCAGCCCAAUGCCACCCUCGCCUGCUGCUCCUACAUACCCGUCAUUCCCCCACCAGCCAUCGCCCUCGCCGCCAAGCCCGCAGCUGCCGUCGCAGCCUCCAAGCCCCGCUUCGCCGCCUCCAGCAUACCCAUCCAGCCCUCAAUCGCCCUCGCCCCAACCACCUAGCCCCGCUUCGCCGCCUCCUUCAUAUCCGCCCACUCUGGAGCCGCCUUCACCGGUACCACCCAGCCCAAUGCCAACCUCGCCUGCUGCUCCAUCAUACCCGUCAUUCCCCCACCAGCCAUCGCCCUCGCCGCCAAGCCCGCAGCUGCCGUCGCAGCCUCCAAGCCCCGCUUCGCCGCCUCCAGCAUACCCAUCCAGCCCUCAAUCGCCCUCGCCCCAACCACCUAGCCCCGCUUCGCCGCCUCCUUCAUAUCCGCCCACUCUGGAGCCGCCAUCACCGGUACCACCCAGCCCAAUGCCACCCUCGCCUACCGCUCCAUCAUACCCGUCAUUCCCCCAGCAGCCAUCGCCCUCGCCGCCAAGCCCGCAGCUGCCGUCGCAGCCUCCAAGCCCCGCUUCGCCGCCUCCAGCAUACCCAUCCAGCCCUCUAUCGCCCUUGCCCCAACCACCUAGCCCCGCUUCGCCGCCUCCUUCAUAUCCGCUCAGUCUGGAGCCGCCUUCACCGGUACCUCCCAGCCCAAUGCCAACCUCGCCUGCUGCUCCAUCAUACCCUACAUCGCCUGUACCGCCAAGCCCUCAGCUGCCGCCGCCGCCUCUGUCGCCGCCAUCUCCAAGCCCUGCUUCGCCACCGCCAUCAUACCCAUCCAGCCCUCUAUCGCCCUCGCCCCAACCACCUAGCCCCGCUUCGCCGCCUCCUUCAUAUCCGCCCACUCUGGAGCCGCCAUCACCGGUACCACCCAGCCCAAUGCCACCCUCGCCUACCGCUCCAUCAUACCCGUCAUUCCCCCACCAGCCGUCGCCUUCGCCGCCAAGCCCGCAGCUGCCGUCGCAGCCUCCAAGCCCCGCUUCGCCGCCUCCAGCAUACCCAUCCAGCCCUCUAUCGCCCUCGCCCCAACCACCUAGCCCCGCUUCGCCGCCUCCUUCAUAUCCGCCCACUCUGGAGCCGCCUUCACCGGUACCGCCCAGCCCAAUGCCACCCUCACCUGCUGCUCCAUCAUACCCGUCAUUCCCCCAGCAGCCAUCGCCUUCGCCGCCAAGCCCGCAGCCGCCGACGCAGCCUCCAAGCCCCGCUUUGCCGGCACCAGCAUACCCACCAUCGCCCUCGCCUCAACCACCUAGCCCCGCUUCGCCGCCUCCUUCAUAUCCGCCCACUCUGGAGCCGCCUUCACCGGUACCUCCAAGCCCAAUGCCACCCUCGCCUGAUGCUCCAUCAUACCCGUCAUUCCCCCACCAGCCAUCGCCUUCGCCGCCAAGCCCGCAGCUGCCGUCGCAGCCUCCAAGCCCCGCUUCGCCGCCUCCAGCAUACCCACCAUCGCCCUCGCCCCAACCACCUAGCCCCGCUUCGCCGCCUCCUUCAUAUCCGCCCACUCUGGAGCCGCCUUCACCGGUACCUCCAAGCUCAAUGCCACCCUCGCCGGCUGCUCCAUCAUACCCGUCAUUCCCCCACCAGCCAUCGCCUUCGCCGCCAAGCCCGCAGCCGCCGACGCAGCCUCCAAGCCCCGCUUCGCCGCCUCCAGCAUACCCAUCCAGCCCUCUAUCGCCCUUGCCCCAACCACCUAGCCCCGCUUCGCCGCCUCCUUCAUAUCCGCUCAGUCUGGAGCCGCCUUCACCGGUACCUCCCAGCCCAAUGCCAACCUCGCCUGCUGCUCCAUCAUACCCUACAUCGCCUGUACCGCCAAGCCCUCAGCUGCCGCCGCCGCCUCUGUCGCCGCCAUCUCCAAGCCCUGCUUCGCCACCGCCAUCAUACCCAUCCAGCCCUCAAUCGCCCUCGCCCCAACCACCUAGCCCCGCUUCGCCGCCUCCUUCAUAUCCGCCCACUCUGGAGCCGCCAUCACCGGUACCACCCAGCCCAAUGCCACCCUCGCCUACCGCUCCAUCAUACCCGUCAUUCCCCCAGCAGCCAUCGCCCUCGCCGCCAAGCCCGCAGCUGCCGUCGCAGCCUCCAAGCCCCGCUUCGCCGCCUCCAGCAUACCCAUCCAGCCCUCUAUCGCCCUUGCCCCAACCACCUAGCCCCGCUUCGCCGCCUCCUUCAUAUCCGCUCAGUCUGGAGCCGCCUUCACCGGUACCUCCCAGCCCAAUGCCAACCUCGCCUGCUGCUCCAUCAUACCCUACAUCGCCUGUACCGCCAAGCCCUCAGCUGCCGCCGCCGCCUCUGUCGCCGCCAUCUCCAAGCCCUGCUUCGCCACCGCCAUCAUACCCAUCCAGCCCUCUAUCGCCCUCGCCCCAACCACCUGGCCCCGCUUCGCCGCCUCUUUCAUAUCCGCCCAGUCUGGAGCCGCCAUCACCGUUACCUCCCAGCCCAAUGCCACCCUCGCCGGCUGCUCCAUCAUACCCGUCAUUCCCCCACCAGCCGUCGCCUUCGCCGCCAAGCCCGCAGCUGCCGUCGCAGCCUCCAAGCCCCGCUUCGCCGCCUCUAGCAUACCCAUCCAGCCCUCUAUCGCCCUCGCCCCAACCACCUAGCCCCGCUUCGCCGCCUCCUUCAUAUCCGCCCACUCUGGAGCCGCCUUCACCGGUACCGCCCAGCCCAAUGCCACCCUCACCUGCUGCUCCAUCAUACCCGUCAUUCCCCCAGCAGCCAUCGCCUUCGCCGCCAAGCCCGCAGCCGCCGACGCAGCCUCCAAGCCCCGCUUUGCCGGCACCAGCAUACCCACCAUCGCCCUCGCCUCAACCACCUAGCCCCGCUUCGCCGCCUCCUUCAUAUCCGCCCACUCUGGAGCCGCCUUCACCGGUACCUCCAAGCCCAAUGCCACCCUCGCCUGAUGCUCCAUCAUACCCGUCAUUCCCCCACCAGCCAUCGCCUUCGCCGCCAAGCCCGCAGCUGCCGUCGCAGCCUCCAAGCCCCGCUUCGCCGCCUCCAGCAUACCCACCAUCGCCCUCGCCUCAACCACCUAGCCCCGCUUCGCCGCCUCCUUCAUAUCCGCCCACUCUGGAGCCGCCUUCACCGGUACCUCCAAGCUCAAUGCCACCCUCGCCGGCUGCUCCAUCAUACCCGUCAUUCCCCCACCAGCCAUCGCCUUCGCCGCCAAGCCCGCAGCCGCCGACGCAGCCUCCAAGCCCCGCUUCGCCGCCUCCAGCAUACCCAUCCAGCUCUCUAUCGCCCUCGCCCCAACCACCUAGCCCCGCCUCGCAGCCUCCUUCCCAUCCGCCCACUCUGGAGCCGCCUUCACCGGUACCGCCCAGCCCAAUGCCACCCUCGCCGGCUGCUCCAUACCCGUCAUUCCCCCACCAGCCAUCGCCCUCGCCGCCUAGCCCGCAGCUGCCGUUGCAGCCUCCAAGCCCCGCUUCGCCGCCUCCAGCAUACCCACCAUCGCUCUCGCCCCAACCACCUAGCCCCGCUUCGCCGCCUCCUUCAUAUCCGCCCACUCUGGAGCCGCCUUCACCGGUACCUCCAAGCUCAAUGCCACCCUCGCCGGCUGCUCCAUCAUACCCGUCAUUCCCCCACCAGCCAUCGCCUUCGCCGCCAAGCCCGCAGCCGCCGACGCAGCCUCCAAGCCCCGCUUCGCCGCCUCCAGCAUACCCAUCCAGCCCUCUAUCGCCCUUGCCCCAACCACCUAGCCCCGCUUCGCCGCCUCCUUCAUAUCCGCUCAGUCUGGAGCCGCCUUCACCGGUACCUCCCAGCCCAAUGCCAACCUCGCCUGCUGCUCCAUCAUACCCUACAUCGCCUGUACCGCCAAGCCCUCAGCUGCCGCCGCCGCCUCUGUCGCCGCCAUCUCCAAGCCCUGCUUCGCCACCGCCAUCAUACCCAUCCAGCCCUCAAUCGCCCUCGCCCCAACCACCUAGCCCCGCUUCGCCGCCUCCUUCAUAUCCGCCCACUCUGGAGCCGCCAUCACCGGUACCACCCAGCCCAAUGCCACCCUCGCCUACCGCUCCAUCAUACCCGUCAUUCCCCCAGCAGCCAUCGCCCUCGCCGCCAAGCCCGCAGCUGCCGUCGCAGCCUCCAAGCCCCGCUUCGCCGCCUCCAGCAUACCCAUCCAGCCCUCUAUCGCCCUUGCCCCAACCACCUAGCCCCGCUUCGCCGCCUCCUUCAUAUCCGCUCAGUCUGGAGCCGCCUUCACCGGUACCUCCCAGCCCAAUGCCAACCUCGCCUGCUGCUCCAUCAUACCCUACAUCGCCUGUACCGCCAAGCCCUCAGCUGCCGCCGCCGCCUCUGUCGCCGCCAUCUCCAAGCCCUGCUUCGCCACCGCCAUCAUACCCAUCCAGCCCUCUAUCGCCCUCGCCCCAACCACCUGGCCCCGCUUCGCCGCCUCUUUCAUAUCCGCCCAGUCUGGAGCCGCCAUCACCGUUACCUCCCAGCCCAAUGCCACCCUCGCCGGCUGCUCCAUCAUACCCGUCAUUCCCCCACCAGCCGUCGCCUUCGCCGCCAAGCCCGCAGCUGCCGUCGCAGCCUCCAAGCCCCGCUUCGCCGCCUCUAGCAUACCCAUCCAGCCCUCUAUCGCCCUCGCCCCAACCACCUAGCCCCGCUUCGCCGCCUCCUUCAUAUCCGCCCACUCUGGAGCCGCCUUCACCGGUACCGCCCAGCCCAAUGCCACCCUCACCUGCUGCUCCAUCAUACCCGUCAUUCCCCCAGCAGCCAUCGCCUUCGCCGCCAAGCCCGCAGCCGCCGACGCAGCCUCCAAGCCCCGCUUUGCCGGCACCAGCAUACCCACCAUCGCCCUCGCCUCAACCACCUAGCCCCGCUUCGCCGCCUCCUUCAUAUCCGCCCACUCUGGAGCCGCCUUCACCGGUACCUCCAAGCCCAAUGCCACCCUCGCCUGAUGCUCCAUCAUACCCGUCAUUCCCCCACCAGCCAUCGCCUUCGCCGCCAAGCCCGCAGCUGCCGUCGCAGCCUCCAAGCCCCGCUUCGCCGCCUCCAGCAUACCCACCAUCGCCCUCGCCUCAACCACCUAGCCCCGCUUCGCCGCCUCCUUCAUAUCCGCCCACUCUGGAGCCGCCUUCACCGGUACCUCCAAGCUCAAUGCCACCCUCGCCGGCUGCUCCAUCAUACCCGUCAUUCCCCCACCAGCCAUCGCCUUCGCCGCCAAGCCCGCAGCCGCCGACGCAGCCUCCAAGCCCCGCUUCGCCGCCUCCAGCAUACCCAUCCAGCUCUCUAUCGCCCUCGCCCCAACCACCUAGCCCCGCCUCGCAGCCUCCUUCCCAUCCGCCCACUCUGGAGCCGCCUUCACCGGUACCGCCCAGCCCAAUGCCACCCUCGCCGGCUGCUCCAUACCCGUCAUUCCCCCACCAGCCAUCGCCCUCGCCGCCUAGCCCGCAGCUGCCGUUGCAGCCUCCAAGCCCCGCUUCGCCGCCUCCAGCAUACCCACCAUCGCUCUCGCCCCAACCACCUAGCCCCGCUUCGCCGCCUCCUUCAUAUCCGCCCACUCUGGAGCCGCCUUCACCGGUACCGCCCAGCCCAAUGCCACCCUCUCCUGCUGCUCCAUCAUACCCGUCAUUCCCCCAGCAGCCAUCGCCCUCGCCGCCAAGCCCGCAGCUGCCGACGCAGCCUCCAAGCCCCGCUUCGCCGGCUCCAGCAUACCCACCAUCGCCCUCGCCUCAACCACCUAGCCCCGCUUCGCCGCCUCUUUCAUAUCCGCCCACUCUGGAGCCGCCUUCACCGGUACCUCCAAGCCCAAUGCCACCCUCGCCUGAUGCUCCAUCAUACCCGUCAUUCCCCCACCAGCCGUCGCCUUCGCCGCCAAGCCCGCAGCUGCCGUCGCAGCCUCCAAGCCCCGCUUCGCCGCCUCCAGCAUACCCAUCCAGCCCUCUAUCGCCCUCGCCCCAACCACCUAGCCCCGCUUCGCCGCCUCCUUCAUAUCCGCCCACUCUGGAGCCGCCUUCACCGGUACCGCCCAGCCCAAUGCCACCCUCCCCUGCUGCUCCAUCAUACCCGUCAUUCCCCCACCAGCCAUCGCCUUCGCCGCCAAGCCCGCAGCCGCCGACGCAGCCUCCAAGCCCCGCUUUGCCGGCACCAGCAUACCCACCAUCGCCCUCGCCUCAACCACCUAGCCCCGCUUCGCCGCCUCCUUCAUAUCCGCCCACUCUGGAGCCGCCUUCACCGGUACCUCCAAGCUCAAUGCCACCCUCGCCGGCUGCUCCAUCAUACCCGUCAUUCCCCCACCAGCCAUCGCCUUCGCCGCCAAGCCCGCAGCCGCCGACGCAGCCUCCAAGCCCCGCUUCGCCGCCUCCAGCAUACCCAUCCAGCUCUCUAUCGCCCUCGCCCCAACCACCUAGCCCCGCUUCGCCGCCUCCUUCAUAUCCGCCCACUCUGGAGCCGCCUUCACCGGUACCGCCCAGCCCAAUGCCACCCUCGCCGGCUGCUCCAUACCCGUCAUUCCCCCACCAGCCAUCGCCCUCGCCGCCUAGCCCGCAGCUGCCGUCGCAGCCUCCAAGCCCCGCUUCGCCGCCUCCAGCAUACCCACCAUCGCUCUCGCCCCAACCACCUAGCCCCGCUUCGCCGCCUCCUUCAUAUCCGCUCAGUCUGGAGCCGCCUUCACCGGUACCUCCCAGCCCAAUGCCACCCUCUCCUGCUGCUCCAUCAUACCCGUCAUUCCCCCAGCAGCCAUCGCCCUCGCCGCCAAGCCCGCAGCUGCCGACGCAGCCUCCAAGCCCCGCUUCGCCGGCUCCAGCAUACCCACCAUCGCCCUCGCCUCAACCACCUAGCCCCGCUUCGCCGCCUCUUUCAUAUCCGCCCACUCUGGAGCCGCCUUCACCGGUACCUCCAAGCCCAAUGCCACCCUCGCCUGAUGCUCCAUCAUACCCGUCAUUCCCCCACCAGCCGUCGCCUUCGCCGCCAAGCCCGCAGCUGCCGUCGCAGCCUCCAAGCCCCGCUUCGCCGCCUCCAGCAUACCCAUCCAGCCCUCUAUCGCCCUCGCCCCAACCACCUAGCCCCGCUUCGCCGCCUCCUUCAUAUCCGCCCACUCUGGAGCCGCCUUCACCGGUACCGCCCAGCCCAAUGCCACCCUCCCCUGCUGCUCCAUCAUACCCGUCAUUCCCCCACCAGCCAUCGCCUUCGCCGCCAAGCCCGCAGCCGCCGACGCAGCCUCCAAGCCCCGCUUUGCCGGCACCAGCAUACCCACCAUCGCCCUCGCCUCAACCACCUAGCCCCGCUUCGCCGCCUCCUUCAUAUCCGCCCACUCUGGAGCCGCCUUCACCGGUACCUCCAAGCUCAAUGCCACCCUCGCCGGCUGCUCCAUCAUACCCGUCAUUCCCCCACCAGCCGUCGCCUUCGCCGCCAAGCCCGCAGCUGCCGACGCAGCCUCCAAGCCCCGCUUCGCCGCCUCCAGCAUACCCAUCCAGCCCUCUAUCGCCCUCGCCCCAACCACCUAGCCCCGCUUCGCCGCCUCCUUCAUAUCCGCCCACUCUGGAGCCGCCUUCACCGGUACCGCCCAGCCCAAUGCCACCCUCCCCUGCUGCUCCAUCAUACCCGUCAUUCCCCCACCAGCCAUCGCCUUCGCCGCCAAGCCCGCAGCCGCCGACGCAGCCUCCAAGCCCCGCUUCGCCGGCUCCAGCAUACCCACCAUCGCCCUCGCCUCAACCACCUAGCCCCGCUUCGCCGCCUCCUUCCUAUCCGCCCACUCUGGAGCCGCCUUCACCGGUACCACCCAGCCCGAUGCCAACCUCGCCUGCUGCUCCAUCAUACCCGUCAUUCCCCCACCAGCCAUCGUCCUCGCCGCCAAGCCCGCAGCUGCCGUCGCAGCCUCCAAGCCCCGCUUCGCCGCCUCCAGCAUACCCAUCCAGCCCUCAAUCGCCCUCGCCCCAACCACCUAGCCCCGCUUCGCCGCCUCCUUCAUAUCCGCCCACUCUGGAGCCGCCAUCACCGGUACCACCCAGCCCAAUGCCACCCUCGCCUACCGCUCCGUCAUACCCGUCAUUCCCCCACCAGCCAUCGCCCUCGCCGCCAAGCCCGCAGCUGCCGUCGCAGCCUCCAAGCCCCGCUUCGCCGCCUCCAGCAUACCCAUCCAGCCCUCAAUCGCCCUCGCCCCAACCACCUAGCCCCGCUUCGCCGCCUCCUUCAUAUCCGCCCACUCUGGAGCCGCCUUCACCGGUACCACCCAGCCCAAUGCCAACCUCGCCUGCUGCUCCAUCAUAUCCGUCAUUCCCCCACCAGCCAUCGCCCUCGCCGCCAAGCCCGCAGCUGCCGUCGCAGCCUCCAAGCCCCGCUUCGCCGCCUCCAGCAUACCCAUCCAGCCCUCAAUCGCCCUCGCCCCAACCACCUAGCCCCGCUUCGCCGCCUCCUUCAUAUCCGCCCACUCUUGAGCCGCCAUCACCGGUACCACCCAGCCCAAUGCCACCCUCGCCUACCGCUCCAUCAUACCCGUCAUUCCCCCAGCAGCCAUCGCCCUCGCCGCCAAGCCCGCAGCUGCCGUCGCAGCCUCCAAGCCCCGCUUCGCCGCCUCCAGCAUACCCAUCCAGCCCUCUAUCGCCCUCGCCCCAACCACCUAGCCCCGCUUCGCCGCCUCCUUCAUAUCCGCCCACUCUGGAGCCGCCUUCACCGGUACCUCCCAGCCCAAUGCCAACCUCGCCUGCUGCUCCAUCAUACCCUACAUCGCCUGUACCGCCAAGCCCUCAGCUGCCGCCGCCGCCUCUGUCGCCGCCAUCUCCAAGCCCUGCUUCGCCACCGCCAUCAUACCCAUCCAGCCCUCUAUCGCCCUCGCCCCAACCACCUGGCCCCGCUUCGCCGCCUCUUUCAUAUCCGCCCAGUCUGGAGCCGCCAUCACCGUUACCUCCCAGCCCAAUGCCACCCUCGCCGGCUGCUCCAUCAUACCCGUCAUUCCCCCACCAGCCGUCGCCUUCGCCGCCAAGCCCGCAGCUGCCGUCGCAGCCUCCAAGCCCCGCUUCGCCGCCUCCAGCAUACCCAUCCAGCCCUCUAUCGCCCUCGCCCCAACCACCUAGCCCCGCUUCGCCGCCUCCUUCAUAUCCGCCCACUCUGGAGCCGCCUUCACCGGUACCGCCCAGCCCAAUGCCACCCUCCCCUGCUGCUCCAUCAUACCCGUCAUUCCCCCAGCAGCCAUCGCCUUCGCCGCCAAGCCCGCAGCCGCCGACGCAGCCUCCAAGCCCCGCUUUGCCGGCACCAGCAUACCCACCAUCGCCCUCGCCUCAACCACCUAGCCCCGCUUCGCCGCCUCUUUCAUAUCCGCCCACUCUGGAGCCGCCUUCACCGGUACCGCCCAGCCCAAUGCCACCCACGCCUGCUGCUCCAUCAUACCCGUCAUUCCCCCACCAGCCGUCGCCUUCGCCGCCAAGCCCGCAGCUGCCGACGCAGCCUCCAAGCCCCGCUUCGCCGCCUCCAGCAUACCCAUCCAGCCCUCUAUCGCCCUCGCCCCAACCACCUAGCCCCGCUUCGCCGCCUCCUUCAUAUCCGCCCACUCUGGAGCCGCCUUCACCGGUACCGCCCAGCCCAAUGCCACCCUCCCCUGCUGCUCCAUCAUACCCGUCAUUCCCCCAGCAGCCAUCGCCUUCACCGCCAAGCCCGCAGCCGCCGACGCAGCCUCCAAGCCCCGCUUCGCCGGCUCGAGCAUACCCACCAUCGCCCUCGCCUCAACCACCUAGCCCCGCUUCGCCGCCUCUUUCAUAUCCGCCCACUCUGGAGCCGCCUUCACCGGUACCUCCCAGCCCAAUGCCACCCACGCCUGCUGCUCCAUCAUACCCUACAUCGCCUGUACCGCCAAGCCCUCAGCUGCCGCCGCCGCCUCUGUCGCCGCCAUCUCCAAGCCCUGCUUCGCCACCGCCAUCAUACCCAUCCAGCCCUCUAUCGCCCUCGCCCCAACCACCUAGCCCCGCUUCGCCGCCUCCUUCAUAUCCGCCCACUCUGGAGCCGCCUUCACCGGUACCUCCAAGCUCAAUGCCACCCUCGCCGGCUGCUCCAUCAUACCCGUCAUUCCCCCACCAGCCGUCGCCUUCGCCGCCAAGCCCGCAGCUGCCGACGCAGCCUCCAAGCCCCGCUUCGCCGCCUCCAGCAUACCCACCAUCGGCCUCGCCCCAACCACCUAGCCCCGCUUCGCCGCCUCCUUCAUAUCCGCCCACUCUGGAGCCGCCUUCACCGGUACCUCCCAGCCCAAUGCCACCCUCGCCUGCUGCUCCUACAUACCCUCCAACGCCUGUACCGCCAAGCCCUGAGCUGCCGCCGCCGCCUCUGUCGCCGCAAUCUCCAAGCCCUGCUUCGCCACCGCCAUCAUACCCAUCCAGCCCUCUAUCGCCCUCGCCCCAACCACCUAGCCCGGCUUCGCCGCCUCCUUCAUAUCCGCCCACUCUGGAGCCGCCUUCACCGGUACCUCCAAGCCCAAUGCCACCCUCGCCUGCUGCUCCAUCAUACCCGUCAUUCCCCCACCAGCCAUCGCCUUCGCCGCCAAGCCCGCAGCCGCCGACGCCUCCAAGCCCCGCUUCACCGCCUCCAGCAUACUUACCAUCGCCCUCGCCCCAACCACCUAGCCCCGCCUCGCAGCCUCUUUCCUAUCCGCCCACUCUGGAGCCGCCUUCGCCGGUACCUCCCAGCCCAAUGCCACCCUCGCCUACCGGUCCAUCAUACCCGUCUUUCCCCCACCAGCCAUCGCGUUCGCCGCCAAGCCCGCAGCUGCCGCCGCAGCCUCCAAGCCCCGCUUCGCCGCCUCCAGCAUACCCACCAUCGCCCUCGCCCCAACCACCUAGCCCCGCCUCGCAGCCUCCUUCCCAUCCGCCCACUCUGGAGCCGCCUUCACCGGUACCUCCCAGCCCAAUGCCACUCUCGCCUGCUGCUCCAUCAUACCCUACAUCGCCUGUAUCGCCAAGCCCUCAGCUGCCGCCGCCGCCUCUGUCGCCGCCAUCUCCAAGCCCUGCUUCGCCACCGCCAUCAUACCCAAUCAGCCCUCUAUCGCCCUCGCCCCAACCACCUAGCCCCGCUUCGCCGCCUCCUUCAUAUCCGCCCACUCUGGAGCCGCCUUCACCGGUACCUCCCAGCCCAAUGCCACCCUCGCCUGCUGCUCCUACAUACCCUCCAACGCCUGUACCGCCAAGCCCUGAGCUGCCGCCGCCGCCUCUGUCGCCGCAAUCUCCAAGCCCUGCUUCGCCACCGCCAUCAUACCCAUCCAGCCCUCUAUCGCCCUCGCCCCAACCACCUAGCCCGGCUUCGCCGCCUCCUUCAUAUCCGCCCACUCUGGAGCCGCCUUCACCGGUACCUCCAAGCCCAAUGCCACCCUCGCCUGCUGCUCCAUCAUACCCGUCAUUCCCCCACCAGCCAUCGCCUUCGCCGCCAAGCCCGCAGCUGCCGCCGCAGCCUCCAAGCCCCGCUUCGCCGCCUCCAGCAUACCCACCAUCGCCCUCGCCCCAACCACCUAGCCCCGCCUCGCAGCCUCCUUCAUAUCCGCCCAGUCUGGAGCCGCCUUCGCCGGUACCUCCCAGCCCAAUGCCACCCUCGCCUACCGGUCCAUCAUACCCGUCAUUCCCCCACCAGCCAUCGCCUUCGCCGCCAAGCCCGCAGCUGCCGCCGCAGCCUCCAAGCCCCGCUUCGCCGCCUCCAGCAUACCCACCAUCGCCCUCGCCCCAACCACCUAGCCCCGCCUCGCAGCCUCCUUCCCAUCCGCCCACUCUGGAGCCGCCAUCACCGUUACCUCCCAGCCCAAUGCCGCCCUCGCCUGCUGCACCAUCAUACCCUCCAACGCCUGUACCGCCAAGUCCUCAGCUGCCGCCGCCGCCUCUGUCGCCGCAAUCUCCGAGCCCUGCUUCGCCACCGCCAUCAUACCCAUCCAGCCCUCUAUCGCCCUCGCCACCACCACCUAGCCCCGCCUCGCAGCCUCCUUCCUAUCCGCCCACUCUGGAGCCGCCAUCACCGUUACCUCCCAGCCCAAUGCCACCCUCGCCUGCUGCACCAUCAUACCCUCCAACGCCUGUACCGCCAAGCCCUCAGCUGCCGCCGCCGCCUCUGUCGCCGCAAUCUCCAAGCCCUGCUUCGCCACCGCCAUCAUACCCAUCCAGCCCUCUAUCGCCCUCGCCCCAACCACCUAGCCCCGCCUCGCAGCCUCCUUCCUAUCCGCCCACUCUGGAGCCGCCUUCACCGGUACCUCCCAGCCCAAUGCCACCCUCGCCGGCUACUCCAUACCCGUCAUUCCCCCACCAGCCAUCGCCCUCGCCGCCAAGCCCGCAGCUGCCGUCGCAGCCUCCAAGCCCCGCUUCGCUGCCUCCAGCAUACCCACCAUCGGCCUCGCCCCAACCACCUAGCCCCGCUUCGCCGCCUCCUUCAUAUCCGCCCACUCUGGAGCCGCCUUCACCGGUACCUCCCAGCCCAAUGCCACCCUCGCCUGCUGCACCAUCACACCCUCCAACGCCUGUACCGCCAAGCCCUCAGCUGCCGCCGCCGCCUCUGUCGCCGCAAUCUCCAAGCCCUGCUUCGCCACCGCCAUCAUACCCAUCCAGCCCUCUAUCGCCCUCGCCCCAACCACCUAGCCCCGCCUCGCAGCCUCCUUCAUAUCCGCCCAGUCUGGAGCCGCCUUCACCGGUACCUCCCAGCACAAUGCCACCCUCGCCGGCUACUCCAUACCCGUCAUUCCCCCACCAGCCAUCGCCCUCGCCGCCAAGCCCGCAGCUGCCGUCGCAGCCUCCAAGCCCCGCUUCGCCGCCUCCAGCAUACCCACCAUCGCCCUCGCCUCAGCCACCUAGCCCCGCUUCGCCGCCUCCUUCCUAUCCGCCCACUCUGGAGCCGCCUUCACCGGUACCUCCCAGCCCAAUGCCACCCUCGCCUGCUGCACCAUCACACCCUCCAACGCCUGUACCGCCAAGCCCUCAGCUGCCGCCGCCGCCUCUGUCGCCGCAAUCUCCAAGCCCUGCUUCGCCACCGCCAUCAUACCCAUCCAGCCCUCUAUCGCCCUCGCCCCAACCACCUAGCCCCGCCUCGCAGCCUCCUUCCCAUUCGCCCACUCUGGAGCCGCCAUCACCGUUACCUCCCAGCCCAAUGCCGCCCUCGCCGGCCGCUCCAUACCCGUCAUUCCCCCACCAGCCAUCGCCCUCGCCGCCAAGCCCGCAGCUGCCGUCGCAGCCUCCAAGCCCCGCUUCGCCGGCUCCAGCAUACCCACCAUCGCCCUCGCCUCAACCACCUAGCCCCGCUUCGCCGCCUCCUUCAUAUCCGCCCACUCUGGAGCCGCCUUCACCGGUACAUCCCAGCCCAAUGCCACCUUCGCCUGCUGCUACAUUAUACCCUCCAUCGCCUGUACCGAGUCCGCAGUUGCCGACGCCGCCUCUGUCGCCGCAGCCUCCAAGCCCCGCUUCGCCACCGCCAUCAUACCCAUCCAGCCCUCUAUCGCCCUCGCCCCAACCACCUAGCCCCGCUUCGCCGCCUCCUUCAUAUCCGCCCACUCUGGAGCCGCCAUCACCGGUACCACCCAGCCCAAUGCCACCCUCGCCUACCGCUCCGUCAUACCCGUCAUUCCCCCACCAGCCAUCGCCCUCGCCGCCAAGCCCGCAGCUGCCGUCGCAGCCUCCAAGCCCCGCUUCGCCGCCUCCAGCAUACCCAUCCAGCCCUCAAUCGCCCUCGCCCCAACCACCUAGCCCGGCUUCGCCGCCUCCUUCAUAUCCGCCCACUCUGGAGCCGCCUUCACCGGUACCUCCCAGCCCAAUGCCACCCUCGCCUGCUGCUCCAUCAUACCCGUCAUUCCCCCACCAGCCAUCGCCUUCGCCGCCAAGCCCGCAGCUGCCGACGCAGCCUCUAGGCCCCGCUUCGCCGCCGCCAUCAUACCCAUCCAGCCCUCUAUCGCCCUCGCCUCAACCACCUAGACCCGCUUCGCCGCCUCCUUCAUAUCCGCCCACUCUGGAGCCGCCUUCACCGGUCCAUCCCAGCCCAAUGCCACCCUCGCCUGCUGCUACAUUAUACCCUCCAUCGCCUGUACCGAGUCCGCAGUUGCCGACGCCGCCUCUGUCGCCGCAGCCUCCAAGCCCCGCUUCGCCACCGCCAUCAUACCCAUCCAGCCCUCUAUCGCCCUCGCCCCAACCACCUAGCCCCGCUUCGCCGCCUCCUUCAUAUCCGCCCACUCUGGAUCCGCCUUCGCCGGUACCUCCCAGCCCAAUGCCACCCUCGCCUGUUGCACAAUCAUACCCUCCAACGCCUGUACCGCCAAGCCCUCAGCUGCCGCCGCCGCCUCUGUCGCCGCAAUCUCCAAGCCCUGCUUCGCCACCGCCAUCAGACCCAUCCAGCCCUCUAUCGCCCUCGCCUCAACCACCUAGCCCCGCUUCGCCGCCUCCUUCAUAUCCGCCCACUCUGGAGCCGCCUUCACCGGUACCUCCCAGCCCAAUGCCACCCUCGCCUGCUGCUCCAUCAUACCCGUCAUUCCCCCACCAGCCAUCGCCUUCGCCGCCAAGCCCGCAGCUGCCGACGCAGCCUCCAGGCCCCGCUUCGCCACCGCCAUCAGACCCAUCCAGCCCUCUAUCGCCCUCGCCUCAACCACCUAGCCCCGCUUCGCCGCCUCCUUCAUAUCCGCCCACUCUGGAUCCGCCUUCGCCGGUACCUCCCAGCCCAAUGCCACCUUCGCCUGCUGCUACAUCAUACCCUCCAUCACCUGUACCACCGAGUCCGCAGUUUCCGACGCCGCCUCUGUCGCCGCAGCCUCCAAGCCCCGCUUCGCCACCGCCAUCAUACCCAUCCAGCCCUCUAUCGCCCUCGCCCCAACCACCUAGCCCCGCUUCGCCGCCUCCUUCAUAUCCGCCCACUCUGGAGCCGCCUUCACCGGUACCGCCCAGCCCUGCACAGCCCGUUGCGAUACCAUCUUCUCCUUCUAUCCAUUUUCCUUCACCGUUACCGCCUAGCCCUGGGCCACCCUCCCCGGCGCCUUCUUCUCCUCCAAACGCUCAGCCUCCUUCAUACCCGCCCACCCAGAUGCCGCCGUCAACGCGUCCAUCCAGCCCUGCACCACUCUCACCAAUGCUGCCGGCCUCCCCUUCAACCCCGUCGCCUACACCGCAGGAUCCCUCUUCUCCACCUCCUUCAUACCCGCCCGGCCCGCUGCCGCCUUCGCCACAGCCUCCAAGACCGCUACUGCCACCCCUUUCGCCUUCGCCAGCCAUAUUAGCAAGUCCGCCGAAUCCUCGUGCCCCACGCCUUCCUCCAAGGCCUCCACAGCCGUUGCGGUCUCCGCCUCCACCCGGCCAUCCAGGAGCACCCUCAAUACCGGACACGCCAGCGCCACCGGACCCCCCAGCCCCUACGGUACCUGAUGUACCUUCAUCUCCCCACCUUCCUCCCAAGAAGCUUCCUCCAUUGCCCCCACCGCCCUCCCCGAAGCCGCCCUUGCCUCAGCCGCCUUCGCAGACGCCGCCAUCACCUUCAUCGCCGUCACCACCUCUUCCAAGUCCAUUCUCACCGUUGCCGCCUUCACCCGAGCCGCCAUCGCCGCACCCUUCUCUUCCAAAGCCUCCAUCUCCAAUCCCACCUUCGCCACAACCGACUUCGCCAUCGCCUGCUCCGCCGCCGCCGCAGCCGCCUUCCCCUCGCCCCCCAUCACCACAGCCUCGCCCCCCUUUGAUGCCGCCACGGUCGCCUAGGACACCCACUCCACCAUCCCCUUCUCCGCCACCUCCUCCGUUCCCACCGCGUGCGCCUCGCCUGCCGCCGCCCAUGCCGCCAUCGCCGGCGCCAUUGCCUCCAAUGCGAUCACCACGGUCACCCACGUAUCCACCACCAUCCCCGUUGCCUCCCACUGCGUCGCCACCGUCAACCCCGCCAUCAUUCUCACCGCCGCCGCCUUACCCGCGACCGCCUCCCCCGCCGGCGCCUCCGCAACCCUCACCCCCGUUCCCACCGCCGCAGCCGCAACCACCUUCCCCGCGUCCUCCCGCCACGCCUCCGCGUUCUCCUCGCCCUCCAAUGCCGCUUUCUCCAUCGCCCAGGCCUCCAUACGUGCCCCCUGGCGCACCCCGCCCACCCCGUCCGCCUUCACCCACCCCACCUUCACCGAACCCGCCUUCUCCUCUGCCUCCGCCACCUACACCUCCAUCGCCUAGGCCCCCUAGCCCCCUACCACCCCCAAGGCCUCCCAGUCCACUACCACCUGUCCCUCCAUCGCCGUCUCCGCCAUCGCCUCCAAGCCCUUCACCGCCGCGACCUCCCGCCAGCCCGAAGCCGCCCUCGCCGCCAGGACCCCCAUCGCCUCCUCCACCCAGCCCUCCACCACAACCCCCAAGUCCUCCUCCGCCUCUUCCGCCCCACAGCCCCGCGCCACCCUUAUCCCCGUCUCCCCCGCUACCGUCACCUCCGUCAUACCCUCCGCAGCAGCCCCCAAGUCCUUCGCCGCCCCUCAAUCCUUCCAGCCCAGCCCAGCCCUCGCCGCCAUCCUUACCGCCGCCAUCUUCACCCUCAAACCCUCCGCCUCAACCCCCAGGUUCUCCCCCCCCUCAGCCGCCACCCAGCCCUUCGCCACCGUCAUCCCCAUCUCCCCCACUACCGUCAUCCCCGUCAAACCCUCCGCAGCAGCCCCCGAGCCUUCCUCCGCCUCACCCACCCGCAAGGCCAGACAGUCCAAUGAGCCCUGCUUCUCCUCUGUCCCCAGCCCGGCCCUCGCCACCUUCGCCUGGAGUUCCCGACUCACCCCUCCAGCCGCCAGGCUUGCCAAUGGAUCCGCCCUUGGCUCCUGGCACGCCCGGUGCGCCGAUGACACCUGACGCUCCUCCACCACCGAACGCGCCAUUCCCGCCAGACCAACCCCCUACGCCGCCGCCUCUGCUCCCCCCUUCUUCUCCACCGCCGCCACGACUGCCUAGCCCUCCACCUGCACCACCAAGACCCCCUCCUCGCCCGCCUCGUCCGCCGCCACGGCCUCCACCCCGCCCACCGUCUAUGCCUCAAUCGCCAGCGCCACCAACGAGCCCAUCGCCGCCCGUGCCCUCGCCUCCCACGACGCCCCCUCCGGACCCCCCAGCGCGACCGUCUCCACCUCCUCCACCGCCGCCAUUCCCUCCGGGAAUAGCCAUGCAAUUGCACGAUUACGAGCUGACCUUCAGCGUUGACCCAGGUGUCUGGGGCAACGCAACAGCAAUGGCGGAGUUCAUCAUGAACCUCAGGAUUAGCUUGGCGGAGUUCUUCGGCGUGCCAGUCGAGUCGGUUAUUAUCACCGGGUUUGAGAUGCCGCCUACCGCCAGCCCCACAGCCAGCCGCCGCAUGAUGGCUUCGGUCCCCGCAGUGCAGCAGCGCAGCCCCAGGCGCUCGUGGCACGGCAAAGAACUGGCUUCCAUUGUUUCAUCGUCCACUCCAGGACUACUUCCACUGGCCCUGACGCACCUUCGCACGCGCCUUGCAACCAACGCCGUAGUUAUGGAGAUGGAAUCCAAGGCUGAACACCCGGGGCCUGUGGGCAAAGAUGUGUCUGACGGCGACAACGCAGAUGACAUUCGCCGCCGACUUGCUGAUUCCUCUGGUGGAAGCGCUAGCAUCAACAUCACCAUCAUCACAACCCAUACAGUUCCCCUGCCUCCUUCACCACAACCGACUGAGCCGCCCUCCUCUCCAAGCCCUCCGUCGCCCUCGCCGCCCUCCCCGCCUCCGCCUCCGCCUGGCAUCCUUGCGCCACCGUCUCCGCCGCCGUUACCACCGUCACCGUCCCCGCCUCCACCAGCACUGCCGCCGCCACCGCCCCCGCCAUCCUCACCCCCGCACCCUCCACCUUCGCCCCCCGUGCCGUCGCCCCCUCCGCCAGUAAACCUUACCGCGCUGUCAGAGGCUACAGGUGCAUCUAAUGUUUCUCAAGUCAUGAGGCCGCCGCUGAAUCCCCCGUUGCCUCCGUCACCUUCGCCGCCCUCACCUCUGCCUCCAUCUCCGCUCCCUCCCUCGCCGAGGCCACCAUCGCCACUGCCCCCUCCGCCGUCGCCGCCACCGCCUAUCCAGUGCGAGAAGUCGGGCUACAAGUUUUACCCCGCCUCAUCCUUUGACCUUGCAUGCACUCAGGGCCUCUGCACGGUCCUCGAUGAGACGGGCGAUGCAGAUGCAGCCGAUUACGGCUGCACCUGGGGCGACGAUGCUCUCCUGUGCGGCGCCUUUGACACUCUCGGCCGGAUGGUUUCCACUCCAGUCGGCAAGGCCCGUUACCCCGAACCGGCACUGGACCUGGACGUCGUCGAGGGAUCUACCACUGCCUGCGUGGGCUUGUUCGUCAAGGUUGGGUAUGUCUAUGUUGCCCCACCACCGGCAUCUCCUGCGCCGCCGCCGCUGCCAUCGCCUCCACCUUCACCUCCGCCGCCUUCUCCCAAGCCUCCAAGGCCGCCGCCAAGACCGCCGCCGUUGCCGCCACCAUCGCCGCCAUCCCCGAAACCUCCACGGGCACCUAGGUCUCCCAAACCUCCAAGUCCGAGUCCUCCACCGUCAUUCCCACCACCUUCGCCAGAGCCUCCUGUCCCACCCCUGCCGUCACCUAUGCCGCCUUCACCUCUGCCACCCUCACCAGUAUCACCGCUCCCACCGUCACCAAUGCCACUAUCGCCCCCUUCACCGGCGCCGCCGUCACCGGAACCGCCAUCACCUAUCCCAUUUCCUCCGCCGAAGCCACCUUCUCCUGAGCCCCCAGCCCCGUCGCCGCCUUCACCGGAGCCCCCAUCACCUGCAUCCCACUCGCCUCCGCCACAAGGACCGCCUGGACUGCCCCCAGCAACACCGAACCCCAGCCCGCCAGGGAGGUCCCCGCCACAUCCAGGUUGGCCCUCUUCACCGCCUCUGCCACCCGACACUCCACUUCCACCAGAUUGGCCCCAGCCGCCAUCGCCACCAGUUCCGCCGCCUCCUACCCAGCCGAGCAAGCCGCUGCCACCAUUGCCAGCGCCACCAUUGCCAUUGCCACCACAGUUCCCAGCCCCUGCCACCCAGCCCCAACCUCAUCCUGCUCAUCCUGGAUCGCCAUACCCGCCUAAUGCGCCUUCGCCUGUACCUGCGCCGCCGAACGCAGUUAAUAUGCCUACAUCGCCCGAUCCCCCUGCCCCAUCGCCACCAAUCUAUCCAUCACCACAUCCACCAAGCUACCCUCCAAGCCCUGCACCGCCAACUGCCGUACCACCUAGCCCACAGCCACUUCUCAUACCGCCUCCCGCUUCACCGCCGGCUGGCUCGCCGAGCAGCCCCCAGCUGUCGCCGUCACCCGUAGUGCAGCACCCACCCAGCCAUUCUGCACCCUUCCCAGCUCCGCUGUUGUAUCCUCCAGGCUUUCCGGUCUUUGCACUGCCGCCACCCUCAGCGCCCCCAGCGCUGCCCCCUUCGCCCAAUCCAGUCCCGCCAUCACCGUACCCUCCAAGCCCCGCGCCACCAUCACCGGAACCUCCGAGCCCAUCACCUCCACCUUUGUAUCCGUUGUGGCCGCAGCCGCCGUCGCCGGUACCACCAAGCCCCUUUCCUUCUCCGCCUCUAUACCCACAGCCCCCGUCACCUACGGCUCCCAGUCCUGAACCUCCAUCGCCCAUGCCGCCAAGCCCACAACCGCCAUCACCAGUUCCCCCAAGCCCACAGCCACCUCCACCCUCUCCACCAAGCCCACAGCCACCGUCGCCGAUUCCCCCGAGCCCGCAUCCUCCGUCACCCUCACCACCAAGCCCAAAGCCACCGUCGCCCACACCGCCGUCGCCCAAGCCACCAAGCCCCAAGCCUCCGUCGCCCACCCCACCUAAUCCAUUGCCUCCCUCACCCGCCCCACCAAGCCCACAACCACCCUCACCCCUGCCGCCGUCCCCCGCACCACCGUCACCUCAGCCACCCUCUCCCGAGCCACCAAGCCCUCAGCCACCCUCCCCCGCACCGCCAAGUCCUCAACCACCAUCCCCUGCACCGCCAAGCCCUCAGCCACCCUCCCCCGCACCGCCAAGUCCUCAACCACCAUCCCCUGCACCGCCAAGCCCACAGCCACCCUCUCCCGAGCCACCGUCACCUGAGCCACCCUCUCCCGCACCGCCAAGCCCUCAACCACCAUCCCCUGCACCGCCAAGCCCUCAGCCGCCCUCACCCGCACCGCCAAGCCCUCAGCCGCCCUCACCCGCACCGCCAAGCCCUCAGCCGCCCGCACCCGCCCCACCAAGCCCACAACCACCUUCACCCCUGCCGCCCUCACCCGCACCGCCAAGCCCUCACCCACCAUCCCCUGCACCGCCAAGUCCUCAACCACCGUCCCCAGCACCGCCAAGCCCUCAGCCACCCUCUCCCGCACCACCAAGCCCACAGCCACCCUCUCCCGAGCCACCGUCACCUGAGCCACCCUCUCCCGCACCGCCAAGUCCUCAACCACCAUCCCCUGCACCGCCAAGCCCUCAGCCACCAUCCCCUGCACCGCCAAGCCCUCAGCCACCCUCUCCCGCACCGCCAAGCCCUCACCCACCAUCCCCUGCACCACCAAGCCCACAGCCACCCUCUCCCGCACCGCCAAGCCCUCACCCACCAUCCCCUGCGCCGCCAAGUCCUCAACCACCGUCCCCCGCACCACCAAGCCCUCAGCCACCCUCUCCCGAGCCACCGUCACCUGGGCCACCCUCUCCCGCACCGCCAAGUCCUCAGCCGCUCUCGCCCGAGCCACCGUCACCUGAGCCACCCUCUCCCGCACCGCCAAGUCCUCAACCACCAUCCCCUGCACCGCCAAGCCCUCAGCCACCAUCUCCUGCACCGCCAAGCCCUCAGCCACCCUCUCCCGCACCGCCAAGCCCUCACCCACCAUCCCCUGCACCACCAAGCCCACAGCCACCCUCUCCCGCACCGCCAAGCCCUCACCCACCAUCCCCUGCGCCGCCAAGUCCUCAACCACCAUCCCCUGCACCGCCAAGCCCUCAGCCACCCUCUCCCGCACCGCCAAGCCCUCACCCACCAUCCCCUGCGCCGCCAAGUCCUCAACCACCGUCCCCUGCACCGCCAAGCCCUCAGCCACCCUCUCCCGAGCCACCGUCACCUGAGCCGCCCUCACCCGCACCACCAAGCCCUCAGCCGCCCUCGCCCGAGCCACCGUCACCUGAGCCACCCUCACCCGCGCCACCAAGCCCUCAGCCACCCUCUCCCGAGCCACCGUCACCUGAGCCACCCUCACCCGCGCCACCAAGCCCUCAGCCGCCCUCGCCCGAGCCACCGUCACCUGAGCCACCCUCACCCGCGCCACCAAGCCCUCAGCCGCCCUCGCCCGAGCCACCGUCACCUGAGCCGCCCUCACCCGCACCACCAAGCCCUCAGCCGCCCUCGCCCGAGCCACCGUCACCUGAGCCGCCCUCACCCGCACCACCAAGCCCUCAGCCGCUCUCGCCCGAGCCACCGUCACCUGAGCCGCCCUCACCCGCACCAUCAAGCCCUCAGCCGCCCUCGCCCGAGCCACCGUCACCUGAGCCGCCCUCACCCGCACCACCAAGCCCUCAGCCGCUCUCGCCCGAGCCACCGUCACCUGAGCCACCCUCACCCGCGCCACCAAGCCCUCAGCCGCCCUCGCCCGAGCCACCGUCACCUGAGCCGCCCUCACCCGCACCACCAAGCCCUCAGCCGCCCUCGCCCGAGCCACCGUCACCUGAGCCACCCUCACCCGCGCCACCAAGCCCUCAGCCGCCUUCGCCCGAGCCACCGUCACCUGAGCCGCCCUCACCCGCACCACCAAGCCCUCAGCCGCCCUCGCCCGAGCCACCGUCACCUGAGCCGCCCUCACCCGCACCACCAAGCCCUCAGCCGCCCUCGCCCGAGCCACCGUCACCUGAGCCGCCCUCACCCGCACCACCAAGCCCUCAGCCGCCCUCGCCCGAGCCACCGUCACCUGAGCCGCCCUCACCCGCACCACCAAGCCCUCAGCCGCUCUCGCCCGAGCCACCGUCACCUGAGCCACCCUCACCCGCACCACCAAGCCCUCAGCCGCCCUCGCCCGAGCCACCGUCACCUGAGCCGCCCUCACCCGCGCCACCAAGCCCUCAGCCGCUCUCGCCCGAGCCACCGUCACCUGAGCCGCCCUCACCCGCACCACCAAGCCCUCAGCCGCCCUCGCCCGAGCCACCGUCACCUGAGCCGCCCUCACCCGCACCACCAAGCCCUCAGCCGCUCUCGCCCGAGCCGCCCUCACCCGCACCACCAAGCCCUCAGCCGCCCUCGCCCGAGCCACCGUCACCUGAGCCGCCCUCACCCGCACCACCAAGCCCUCAGCCGCCCUCGCUUGAGCCACCGUCGCCUCCACCGCCAAGCCCACCCCAACCGCUCCCUCAAUAUCCAGGCCCUCAGUUGCCAUCGCCUGCAUUGCAGUCACCCCAGUCACCAAAGCCAUCGCCCCCAUUACCAGAGCCUCCAGGUCCACUACAGACGUCGCCCGAGCCACCCAUCCCCGCCCUUCCCUUACCAGAGCCGCGAAGCCCGCCAUCGCCAUUGCCACCCGAUCAUCCAAGCCCGCAGCCACUGCCGCCUGUGACGUUGCCUCCUGAGCCACCGACCUCGGCACCGCCUAGCAUGCUGGUCCAACCCAACCCUCCGCUGCCGUCACCUGACAUGCCAAGCUCAUCGUCGCCGCCACCUGAGACCCCAAGCCCAUCACCGUCACCUGAAGUGCCAAGCCUACCGCCUCCGCCAUUCCAGGUGCCUUCACCUGAACCACAAAGCCUUCAGCCAUCGCCGUGGCAACCGCCAAGCCCGCAGCCGCCAUCACCUGAGCCAGUUCCUCAACCACCAAGCUUACCAUUGCCAGCACCGUCAGGACAUCCUCCUUCAUAUUUACAGCCGCUGUCGCCUUCGCCUCCAAGUCCACUUCCACUGUCUGGGCCGCCCUCGCCGUCUGGUGCUUCUCCACCUCAUCCACAACCCAUGCAGUCUCCUGCGUCACCGCCUUUGCCCUCACCAUUGCCCAUUCCAACGUUGCCUACGCCUUCACCCAGCCCCGAUCCUCUGUCCCACCCUACACAGCCUCCUUCCUCUGCAGCAACCCCAACAUCCCAGCCCCCUCCUUGGCCUUCACCUCCCGCCACACCGACACCGACUCCAUCUCCCGCCCCGCCAACAACCACUCCUUCGGCUCCUGUCCCACCAACAUCCACUCCUCCUUCAUCUCCCGCCCCGCCAACGUCCACUCCUUCAGCACCUGUCCCACCAACGUCCACUCCUCCUUCAUCUCCCGCCCCGCCGACGUCCACUCCAUCAUCUCCCGCCCCGCCGACAUCCACUCCUUCAUCUCCCGCCCCGCCAACAACCACUCCUUCGGCUCCUGUCCCACCAGCAUCCACUCCUCCUUCAUCUCCCGCCCCGCCAACAACCACUCCUUCAGCACCUGUCCCACCAGCAUCCACUCCUCCUUCUUCUCCCGUCCCGCCGACUUCCACUCCUUCAGCACCUGUCCCACCAACGUCCACUCCUCCUUCAUCUCCCGCCCCGCCGACGUCCACUCCAUCAUCUCCCGCCCCGCCGACAUCCACUCCUUCAUCUCCCGCCCCGCCAACAACCACUCCUUCGGCUCCUGUCCCACCAGCAUCCACUCCUCCUUCAUCUCCCGCCCCGCCAACAACCACUCCUUCAGCACCUGUCCCACCAACGUCCACUCCUCCUUCUUCUCCCGUCCCGCCGACUUCCACUCCUUCACCACCUUCACCACCCCCGUCUCCAGUUCCAGUUCCUCUCCCUCCGCCGCCGCCCGUCCCGCCGUUGCCGCCGCCAUUGCCGCCGCCCACCCCAGCGCUGUCACCACCGUCGCCUUCCCCAGCCCGGAUCCCACCUUCCCCUCCUGCCCCACCGUCACCCCUGCAACUCCUCCCAUCGCCGCCCUCUCCUCCAAAUCUCGUGCCUCGGCCCCCUCCAUCGCCACCCCUCCCAGUCAUCCCGCAGCCUUUGCCGCCAUCAACAGCACUGCCAUCGCCACCGCCCGCACCUCUGUCACCGCCCCCUUCCUCGACCCUGACUCCGCCUGCACCAUCAUCGCCGCCUCCACUCCCACCCGCCCCCCCGUCGCCACCGUCUCCUCCGAUGCCCCCGCCUUUACCUCCAUCGCCGCCUCCACGACCACCCGCCCCCCCAUCGCCACCGUCUCCUCCGAUGCCCCCGCCUUUACCUCCAUCGCCGCCUCCACGACCACCAUCACCCUCACCACCGCCGCCCGUCCCGCCAUCACCGCCAUCACCAACAAGAGUGCCUUCGCCGCCAACGCCAUUGCCACCGUCACCGCUGCCUUUGCUGUCGCCGCCUGUCCCAUCGCCUCUGUCGCCGCCGCCAUCCCCUGCACUGAGUGCUCCGUCACCGCCACCGCCGGAGCCCUUCGUUCCUCUCACACUCUCUGGCCGCGCCCUGGACGGCUACCUGGACAAUUGCGUCGUCUACGCCGACACCGACGGAGACGGCGUCCUUGGCACCACGGAGCCCUCAAACGUCACGACAUUUGCCGACGGCUGGACGCUCACUUUGCCCACAGCAGCCAGCGUAGCAGCACCCCUGCGUGUCGUGCCUGCAUCGCCUUCAUCGUACGACUCCAAUCGCAUGGCAACCGGUUCAACGGACGAAUGUCAUGAUGCGACCUCAAUGCUCAAGCUCUAUGUGGAGCUUGCUGCUCCGGCAGGGUCCAAGGUGAUCAGCCCAUUGACGACGCUGGUCGCCGCGAUGCAGCAGAGUGGUUUCACGCAAGCUGAAGCUAAGGUCAAGGCUGCCUUCGGCAUCAACGCCAGCGCCUUCACGCUGGGUUCAACGGACCCCAUUAAAGCGUACUUUAACCACGAGAGUGGGGCCGAGCAGCUGAUGCGCGCUGAGCAGCAGGUCAUGGCGGCUGUCGUACAGGCAACAUCCUUCCUCAUCAACAAACCUGCAGAUCUGCCGGCCAUGGGCCGGAUUGUCUGGUCCGCCCUGGGUCACUCGGUAGAGGACAUCUUCUCCACCACCAGCUUGAGCGGCGGCGGGCACCGCCGGCUGGCACAGACCGCCGGCGGCAGCCCUGCAGCUGCGGAUCCUGAGGAGGCUGAUGCAGGCCCCGUCAUCUCCCCGUCGUACAUUCGCCGCACGAUGCUGCAAAACAACUCUUCAUCGGGUACCCCGCUGUUGGACCUGACCAACAUCCAGGCGCUGAACGGCUUGCUGCAGAAUGCCUUGACUCUGCUGGCCAUCGCCACCGGUGGCAACAGCUCCUCGGCGCUCACUGCCAACCUGGUCGGCGUGAACGACUCCGCUCGCCUGGACGCCGCACUGCAGGGCAUGGCCAACUCUCUGCAGUUGGUAGGGGCGACUGUAAGCAGCGGCAACCUUACACAGGUCGCUGCCGCCGCGCUCAUUGCCCAGUACAACGUCACCCAGGCGCUCCGCCAGCUGGCCACGCCAGCCACCAGCGUCACCGACUUUGUCAACGCCACUUCGACCAGCAGUCUGUCGAGCGCCGCCACCAAGGUCUCUGUCGUUGGGCCCACCAUCCCAGACAAGAUUGUCCCUGCGCCGCCGCCAGCACAGCCACCACCGAACAAAGAGGCGCCUACCCCUGCCAGCGCCCACGAGUCUUGGGUCGUAUCGAACGUCGGUACCUUCAUUGUAUUGGUUGUAGUCGUGCCGGUCAUGCUUAUCCUCGCAUGCGGCACUGGCUACUUCGUUUACAAGCGCAGCUGCAAGGCGGACGCGUUCUCCACGCAGCUGCCUGAUGACGGUCAUGUCCAGCGUGGCGACGACAUGUCUUUCCGCAGCGACGACCUGUCCAUCAGCCGCCGCCUCAGCGGUGUCAGCAGCCAUCCCGACCGGGAAGUGCCGUUGUUGCCGUAUCCACCCACGGCACUUGCGGCUGCCAACAAUCCAGGCGGCAGGAUGCGCGCAGCGUACAAUGCGCUGUACGAGGGCGAAAUGGUGCCAUCGAGCGGUGGAACCAAGCCUCCAGUGCCUGCAGGCGGCCCGCGCGCGAAUGCCGGUGGAACGCCUGGAACCGCGCCUGUUGGACGAAUGCAGCAGCGCUACGACAGCGCGGGAGGGCAGCAGGAGGGCGGCCUGGCAGCCACCAGUGUUGCGUCAGGGUCCGCCAACCCGCGCGCCAGGUCCAGCGAAGUGGUUACCCACUAUGCCAACGUGCUGUUCGAUGUGGGCGGCAAGAGCAGGGGAGGCGCGGAGGCUGGCGGUGCCUGUGGGUACCCCUCACCGCGUGUGCCGUUUGAGUCUCCCCGUGAAGCCGACGUUGUCGUGCCGUUUGACUCCUCACCGCCUGGUGUCGACUCCGUGGCCCCGGCGUCCCGGGGGGCCCCCCAGCACGGCGGACAACAGCCCACCAUGUUCACGACGUACGCCUGGACGACGGACAUUGUGGGCAGGGAUGGCGUCGGAGCAGACGCAACUCCCGUCGCCGCAAUGCAGCGGUCUGCAGCCCAUGCAGCUGCCACUCGGCCCCGGGACAUUGUGGAUAUGGCUUGGCAGGCAGAGGGCACCAGCGACGGUGGCGCCUACACAACUCCGCGCGCAAGCUUCUCAGCCCGACGCUCUGGAGCUGGCGCCGCCGAGCCGGCAAGGCCCAACAUGGGUCCCUUUGCCACCGCCGUCGGGGUUGCCGCUGCGGCGGCAGCAGCGUCUAGGACGCCCGGAUCCGCCUUUUCGGACCUGCCACCCCGUGCCCCCAACCGGCGCUCGUCGGGCAUGGGGAUCGGCGGCGGCGGCACCCUCAGCUUGGCCACGGCUUCCGGGCGCCUUCCAGCGCUUCCUCUGGACGCCACGUACUCGCUGCCGGAGCAACCGGACGAUGACCUGCUGGAGGAGGACUUCGACACGGACGCCAAUGUGAGCGCUGCGGCCUAUGUCGGUACCGUUGUCCCAAGCAUUGUUCCCAGCACGACAACCCGGACCAGCGGGCCACCCAUUGCCCGCUCAAGCGGAGGUUCCAGCGGGGGUGCCAGCGGCGUGGGAAGGGGUCGGACGGCCAGCAGCCUCAGCGCCGGAGGCAGCGCCCCCGCACGAGGCGGUGCUAGCGUAAGCAGUAGCGGCCACGCCGGCACACGAGCCAGCGGCGGCAAUGGAGGCAGCACUGGCUCCCGGCCAGGCGGUGGAGGCAGGGCCGGCGGCGCCGCAGGAGGCCGGGCUGCCGGCAGUACUGGCGCCCAUGCAGCUGCCAGGUCCGGCACAAGAGCUGGCAGUAACACGGGCGGCAACGCAGUCGUAAGGCCUGCUGGCAGGUCUAGUGGUGGCGGCGCCGCUCAGGCGGCGGCCGUGGGCGGUCCUUACAACCCCCUGUAUGACCCCAGCCCUAACUACAUCGCACCUGUCGUCUCCAGUACUCCGGCCAGCUCAGCCGGCAUUGCGCCGCGGCCGGGUGUUGGAUCGCGCCGCGCCGGAGGUGUUCCCCGCUCCCGGGAUCAGCCGUAGUAGUGAUCUCACGUAGGCCGUGAUAGAUAGGAUGAGUUGCUUACUUUUGCGUAUUCUUGUGGGAGCGAUGAAAGUGAACAUGUCUUGGGUUUGGAAUAGGAUCGUAGAAGGGACUAGGCUUUUAUGGGUUAGGAAGGGAUUAGAUAUUAAUAGUGCAAGCAUGCAUUGGGUAGAACGCCAGCGAGUAAGGGAACGAUAGGGUUGGCAUUAGGUUGGCAUGCCAAGGGUAUGCAUGCAUCGCUUUAACUGUCGUCCGUUAGGGUUGCGCGUAAUUACUUACACACGUAUUGCGUCUACUGUCUUGCGUUCUACUUAACUGCAAACGGAAAUGCGCCCAUGUGAUAGGCGUCCCGCGACGAUACUGACUUCUUUGGCUUGGGCUUCGUUGUUGUUGUACCCUUCUCUUCCGUGUCAUGCGCGCAUGUGUGAGCGAGCUAGGUAGUAACCUGCAGACGUUGUAGAUACGCACUGAACUAGUUUCGCAUUCUCCAUGCCUGUUGUGGUGAUGCUGUGGCUUAUGUGAGCAAGGUGCAAAGAGGACUGGAACAACUUGGCAUCCGCUGCAGGGGUGCGCCAUUAACUACGUCUUUAUUCACCCGGGGGGCUCUGCAUGCGUGCAGCCUACAAACUCUUGGACGUGGACCUUUGUGUGUGAGAUGUAAUCAAGCAGUGGCUGGGGAUGGAAUGUGCCUGAUUGAUGUGUCUGUGUGUAUGGCAGUGUAUGAGCGCGCAGGAGCUUUCGCUCAGUGUUGCAGUGUGAUACGUGCUCGUGCGGGUGUGGAGACAUUCGUGUUUGCCGCUAUCUUCCGUGAUUUGCAAUCCUUCGUUAUUAUUCGUGGUCAACACCGGCAUCCCGGUAUAAGCAUGGACGGUUGGGUGUUAACAACCGACAGCACGUGCGCCUGCCGGAUAGCUGCUACCGUGACCCCGCAACGCGCUGCCUACGCAUUGCAUGGGAUAUCAGUUCAGCACUGCUGCUUGUCACGUGUCGGUUUGUUAUUUUGUGUUUCGACGUCUUGCGAGGACAGACCACCAAAUGGUACUUUUGGUCUCAGCAGGUUACCUGUUGGAGCACAGUUCGGACUUGCACCGCCCUCAAGCUGUAAUUUAAC